CCCCUCCUCCCUGGCUCCCAUCAGGAGUCAGUCCAGUAAGUCACAUGACGGCGCUGGGAAUACCUCCUGACUCCCCGCUCCUCCUCUCCCUCCCUCGCCCUGUCAAUCGACUGUUUUCUCUGUUUGUCGGUGUGUAUGUGUGUGUCUGUUAGCUAGCUGUUAGCUGCUAUCACCAUCAACCGCAGGGAACGACGCGAACAUGGCGGACACAGCCAGGGACCCUCCACCGGAGAGCACCGACUUCCAGGAGCUGGAGGACGGGGAGGACCUGUUCCCGGAGCCGGCCGCCACACAGGAGUCAGGACCAGCCAGUCUACCUGCUGAAGACAUCAGCACAAACUCAAAUGGACCCAAGCAGGAUUCCUUGUUUGAUGAUGAUCCAGAAGAUCUGUUCGCAGAGGCCACAGAGGAGGUUUCAUUGGACAGUCCAGAGCGAGACGUCCUACUGUCUGACGGCCCGUCACCUGCCAUCACCCCCAUCACCCCUCCCACCUCCGUCAUCACCCCUCGCAUCGGCCUCGCCCACGACGACAUGUUCACACACUCCUCUUUUGACGAGAUUGAGGAGGAGGAAGGCGGCGAUUCAUUCGACAUACACAUAGCAGUGUCUGACCCUGAGAAAGUUGGUGAUGGGAUGAAUGCGUACAUGGCCUACAAAGUGACAACCAAGACCUCCUUGUCUCUGUUUAAGACUGAUGAGUUUUCAGUAAAAAGGCGUUUCAGUGAUUUCCUGGGUCUGCACAGUAAACUGGCCUCGAAGUACCUGCACAUAGGCUAUAUCGUCCCCCCAGCACCAGAGAAAAGCAUUGUGGGGAUGACCAAGGUGAAGGUGGGGAAAGAGGACCAGUCAUCCAACGAGUUUGUGGAGAAGAGGAGGUCGGCACUGGAGAGGUAUCUGAUGAGAACAGUGAAGCAUCCCAUCCUGCUGAAGGAUCCUGACGUCCUGCAGUUUCUAGAGAGCUCAGAGUUGCCGCGGGCGGUCAGCACUCAGGCUCUGAGCAGCGCCGGACUUCUCCGGAUGGUCAACAAGGCUGCAGACGCCGUCAACAAGAUGACCAUAAAGAUGAACGAGUCAGACGCCUGGUUUGAGGAGAAGCAGCAACAUUUUGAGAAUCUGGAUGUUCAGCUGAGAAAACUUCACGCUAGUGUGGAGUCUCUGGUCUGUCACAGGAAAGAGCUGUCGGUGAACACGGCGCAGUUCGCCAAGUCGGCGGCCAUGUUGGGGAACAGCGAGGACCACACGGCUCUGUCCCGAGCUCUGUCCCAGCUGGCCGAAGUGGAGGAGAAGAUCGACCAGCUGCACCAGGACCAGGCCAACGCAGACUUCUACCUCUUCUCCGAGCUGCUGGGCGACUACGUCCGCCUCAUCACCGCCGUCAAGGGUGUGUUUGACCACCGUAUGAAGACGUGGCAGAAGUGGCAGGACAGUCAGAUGCUCCUGCAGAAGAAACGAGAAGCUGAAGCCAAACUGCAGUUCACCAACAAACCAGACAAACUGCAGCAGGCCAAAGACGAGAUCAAAGAGGAGAUUGAGGAGCUGGAGGGGAAGGUCCAGCAGGGCGAGAGAGACUUUGAACAAAUCUCCAAAACUAUUCGCAAGGAAGUCAGCAGGUUUGAGAAAGAGAGAGUGAAGGACUUUAAAACGAUCAUUAUCAAAUAUCUGGAGUCACUGGUUCAGACACAACAGCAGCUGAUAAAAUACUGGGAGGCCUUCUUACCUGAAGCCAAGGCCAUCUCAUAGAAACCACACAUACACAACAGACAGUCCUGACUGGUUCCGGUCAAACUACUCUACCCAUAAUGCACCUGUCCUCCCGCCUCACCCUCAUCCUCCUGUUUAUGCUCAGAGUGACGAAGAGAAGGGAGGCACGCAUCAGUUCGGAGUAACUUUCCUGCAUUAAAAAAAAAAAAAAGAAAAAAAAAAGAUGAAACAGCUCUCCAUCUUUUUUAGUCAUCUUUUUCCUUUCUUCUGAAGUCAGUGUUGCGUUCAUGUUCUGUCAGAACCUUUUUCUUCUCCUGAUUGUUGCUUUCACAGUUGAAUUUACAGAUUUUCACACCAGUUUGCUCCAAAUCUGAGCUCUCAUGUGGGAUUUUUUUUUUUUUUUUUUUUAAUAGAAUCUGAAGUCUGAGUGUUAUUUUUAAACCACAUGCUCAUUAUCCCAUAUGACAUGAACGCAUCAUGAGCUAUGACCCAUGUGAUGGCUCUCCACUAAUAUGGUGUCAAGUUUUACAACUGGGGCACCUCACUAAUUUAUUUCCUUACCAUACACGAGGUGAUGGGUGAAUCUGCAAACUUGCAUUUGAGCUAGUUUCAAGGAUAAACCCUGGUGAUCCUCAACAAUGGCAGAAAUCCAGUUUGGUUUUUGGAUGUGUGGAAGUACAUUCCCACCAUAAAAAUUAGAGAGAAAACAAUGAAAAGUUUUGAAUGAUCAAAUUAAAAUUUAAGCGUAAUGCUUACGUUACUUUACAUUAUAGCCAUUUUGACAUAUGAAGAAAAUAUUAUUAAUUCUUGACCUCUUGACUGAAGUUUCCAUACAUUGUCCCUAAAUACUAUUAAUACUACCCUAAUUACCCAUGAGCCUCUGUGGCAGUUUCUAUAGACAGGUCAGAAAAGCUGUCAAGUUGUUGCAUAUUCAGAAAAUUCUAAACCUCUUUACUUCACCCUACCAUUUCCCGCCUGGCAACAGAAUCUGGUGUUUUCUGAUUGGACGUUUGUUGGAUAUGUCUUGCUGCAGGGUUCUCUGGGAAUUGUUGUGGACUUCUCUUCUAAUGCAGCUGUGAAACAUUUGACUUUUUCCAAUGAAAUAAAACAAGUUUUCAACUGUUUUUCGAUGCAGGAUUAUUAGCUGUUGAAUACGAUCAGUAAACAACAUUUCAUCAGAUGAUUUUUUUUUUUCCCCCCUUUAUCGAGCACUAUCAGUUGUUAUGCUAACUGAGUGGCAGGUAAAAAUGGGAACUCUUCUGCACUAAAAUCUCCCAAAACAAACCCUUUUUUGGCCAGAAUAUGUGUGGUUUAAUUUUGGAGUUUGGAACGUGAGCUGUGAAACUGAUCCAGAGUCAGUGGUAAAGGACGACUCACUGCAUCCUUUGCUAUUUUGUGUCUUGUUCUUCCUGUCACCUGUUCAACGCCUCCACCGUUUCCUCGCGCCUUUCAAAACAAAAGCCAAUAUAUUUGUUGCUGUAUGAUCGUGAGUGAAGGCAACAUUUUUUCUUUUUUGUUUCUGCCCUCUUUGAGACAACAGAGUGGAUAACGAAGAAUCUCACUUCAUGGUUCUUUUCACUGCUGCUGUAUGAUGAACAUUUCCAGACCUAGAAGACACACACCUCUAUGAUUUGAAGAGCUCUCUUCUGACUGAAAGAGCUUGACAAACACCCAAAGUUAAUACGAUUAAACUCUGUUUGUCAUGUAACCUAAGAUGUAGAGCUUCAACAAACACACCAUCCCCAUUUUCACUUUAAUGUACAUGAUCCUGAAUGUAAAACUUUCCUUUGUGGAGGUAUUGUAAAUAUGUUAAAAGCGGUCAAAAUGUGAAAACGUAAACUGCAACAUGUCUGAUAUUAGAACCACUUUUAUGUCAGCAGAAGAGAGCAGCUUCCAGAACUCAGUCAAGCGGUGCGAACAGAACCUCAGUGUUAUUCUUCCUUCUAUCCGCAGUCCUCAAAGAGGAAAAUUUGAUGUCUUGAAUUUUGGCUUAUUAACUUUAGCAGGAAAUGAAGAAUUCAAACAGCAUGUUAGCAUAUUUAGCAUUUUCAGAUUUUGGCAGUUUGCAGUGCUAACAGACUGUUUUGCAGUUGAAGAAUCUCCUGUUGACGGGAACCGACUGAAGCCAAAAUGUCAGGAGUGUGGGAGCAGUUUCAGGUGUGGAGGAAGUGAGCGUCAGGUGAUAGAGUGUGUGUCCGUCCAGAGAGCAGCUUCAGACUGUGAGGGUUACUUUUACCGGCUGUUUCUCUUCUUGUUGAUCAGUGUGAGGGCUGCAGUCAUAAAUAUUUAACUGCAAAUUCUACAGAGUUUUCUUGAUUUUAUUUUGUUGAAUUUAAAGCACACUUUAUUAUUAAAGAAAACAAAUUCUUGAAUCUUGAAUCAGACAAGCUACAAAUCGUACAUUUUUCAUCUUUUGUUAAAGUGGAAAUUAAAAUUGGAAUCUUCUUUUUUUUAGCCCUAAAGCCGUCUACUCAUCAGUCUUAAAUCAUAUUACACUGUGUUGAUUGCUACCUUUUGUAUUUUAUUCCAUGUUCUAUACUACAUUUGUUUGGCGCUUAAUGAUGUGCAAUUGUUGACAAUUUUGGUUGAUUUAAUUUUUUUUUUUUCCAUUUUCACAGAUGAUGAAAUGCUUUAUCUGAGCAGAUUUUUUAAACUCUUUUGGUUUUGAUGUGACAUUCCUGCAGCGCAGCAGAGCAGAUGUUUGAGAACUUUAAUUACAAUAAAGGAAUGUAUCUCA